AAGUGACUAGUAGCAUCACGUUUGCUCAAACGUCAUUACGACUCGUAGUAGUCGAGAGUGUGAUCGGUCGGGAUUUAUCCAAACAUUGGUGUUAAUAAUCUAGCAAUUCUACGUUUACGCAGAAGGCAAAUUACUCCACAGAAAAUGCUGAGAGCCAUAUUUCCUGUUAUCCUUCCAUUACUGUGUCUCACUUUCCUGACAGAGGCUGUUAGUUAUGAUCAGUGUAAAGACGCAAAAGAUAAUCACAGCAUCCGAUCAUUAACAAUUUCAAAUUGCGAGUCAGCACCAUGUCCACUCAAACGUCAAACUUCGGUGAUGGUUGAAGAGACAUUUGUCGCUAAAAAAAACGUAAAAAGCUUAACGACAUCAGUUUUUGCCAAAGUUGCUGCAUUUUGGCUUCCAUUUGUUAGUGUACAUAACAAAAACGCUUGCGACAACAUCUACAACAUGGAUGACACUAUGGCUGGAUGUCCUUUAAAAGCGGGUGCUGAAUACAAAUACAAAAAUGAGUUCCCAAUUUUAUCAAUUUAUCCUACGUUAACUUUGCCUGUCCAGUGGGCGUUAAAGGAUAAAAAUGAUAUUAUCACGUGUUUCCAAGUUUAUGUAAAAAUUACAAAUUAAGCAUUGUCAUCGUUUAUUUAUAGAUAUUAUUCAUAAAUAAAGAGAAAAUUUUUCCUAUUCAUUCUGUAAUAUGCAAAUAAAAUCAAUAAAAAUACAUUCGUUUUUA